CUCCAGUUGUUUAAUUAAAAAUGGAUUGGAGUGAUCAUAUGAAUAUAUCAUUAUGUUUAGCUAAAGAAGCAUUAGAAGUUGGUGAGGUUCCUGUUGGCUGUAUUUUUGUUGAUAAUGACGGUAAUAUUUUAGCUUCUGGUCGUAACACAGUAAAUGAAACAAAAAAUGCAACUAGACAUGCUGAAAUAAAUUGUGUUGAUACAAUCAUUAAGGCUGGCUUUUUAAAAAAACUAUCUAAGAUAACUGUUGUUGUUACUGUGGAACCUUGCAUAAUGUGUGCUGCGAUGUUGAUAAAUAUUGGUUGUUCUAACAUUAUUUAUGGUUGUGCAAAUGACCGUUUUGGAGGCUGUGGUACUGUACUUGCUGUUCCUGGUUUAGAAAAAUGUAAAGUUCAAGGUGGAUUAUUUGGAAACCAGGCAAUGGAUUUACUUAAACAAUUUUAUAAAGGGCAAAAUCCUAAUGCUCCAGAGAAUAAAGUUAAAAAAAAACCUGUAAAUCAAUAAAAUAUAUAAUUUUAUUUUGCUUUAAUAUUUAUAAAUUUUGAUCUAAGAAGGGUAAUAAUUUCUAAACUAUGUAUAUAUUAUU